AUGGACAGUGGAUGCUUGGGUCUGAGUCUGAGGUCAGUGAUAGAAGUGAGAGUGGGAGUUUGCCUCUGGCUGCCAAGCCGUCCUGGGCUCAGGAAGCAACAUGACUUAGGCACCUGCCCUGAAGUCUCAGGCAUCUCCAGGACUGCUCCUGCAGCUGGCCUGGCUCUCUCCCCAGGUGCACCAGGCAUGAUGCAGCAGCCGCGAAUGGAGACAGAUGCCACUGGGGCUGGCGAGGGGCUGCAGCGGGCAGUGCCCUGGUCGGCUUGGGUCACACGGCAGGGCUGGGUGCGCUGGUGCAUGCGCCACGUGCCCCAGAGCUGGACCCAGUGGUGGACCACAUCAGGCUGGCGGCAACCACUGCAGCGCAUGCUGUGGGGUCUGGAGGGGAUCCUCUACCUGCUGCUGGCCCUGAUGCUGUGCCAUGCACUCUUCACUACUGGCUCCCACCUGCUGGGCUCCUUGUGGCCUGUCGCGGCCGCAGCGUGGCGCCAUCUGCUGCCAGCUGUCCUCCUGCUGGUGCUCAGUGCCCUCCCUGCCCUGCUCUUCACCGCCUCCUUCCUGCUGCUGUUCUCCACGCUGCUGAGCCUCGUGGGCCUUCUCACCUCCAUGUCUCACUCAGGCUACGCUCAGGACUUGGACCAAUAG